UUACAUUUGCUAGACUCCGACGUUUAAAGUGUAAGAAGUUCCGGGAUUUAGAUACAUACAGUCCAUGAUGACCCUCACAGAAGAAGCAACGUUCCUACCCAGCAUGCAGGACAGCAACUCGGACCGCAUGUCUUCCCAUCACAAAUGGGACAUUAACGAUAAUACUCUUCCGGUGGUUAACGAGUACGAUGUGUUCAAAGAAUGGCCUGACGGUAACUGUCGCUACGUGUACAGUGGGGAUGUGGAAGACGGCAGGAGACAUGUUAGUGGCUGGGCCAUGCGUAACACCAACAACCAUAAUGCUCUCAUCCUAAAGAAAUCCUGUCUGGGUGUCUUUGUAUGUAGUCAUGACUGCUCACUUGACAGCGGAGACAAAGUCCAUCUCAGACCAGCAAUAUGUGACAAAGCAAGGAGGAAGCAAGUUGGAAAAGCAUGUCCGAAUUCCCGCUGCUCAGGACGGUUGGAACUUAUGUCCUGUAGAGGUCAUUGUGGCUACCCUGUGACCCACUUUUGGCGGAAUCUCCAUGGUGCCAUCUAUUUCCAGGCGAAGGGAAUCCACGACCAUCCACAACCAGAGGUAAAGGCGUCCGCAGAAGCAAGACGGCAUAACAAGAUAAUUCGGCAACAAGAAAAGUUAAUGAUGAUGAAUAUUUCUGUACGAAAAAGACUUCGAGGAUCCUCCAGUACUGGUGUUCACAAAGAAAUACACAGAAAGAAAUUGAAAAGUUUUGACAACUUGUGCUCCUGUUCGCCGUUUGAGUGCACAUGUGCCCAUAUCCGUGUGAAUCAGUAUCAAUCAGCAUAUAUGGACGGCCAACAACCGGAUGUCCUAAGACGUUCUAACUCAUGGACUCCACAGAUAUAUGAGGCAUCGUCAUCACCAUGGCAACGCCCUUUCUCAUUGGACACAAAUCACAAUCAGUCAGGACUCUAUAAAUCAUGUGACUUACAGGAAAAUCGGCCUUAUAUACACGAGGAACAAAAUCUAUUAUCCACUCUUUUCCCGUCUAUGUCGAAUCAGUCUAGAAACUAUUCAGAUUCCUCCGUCCACAACUCUGCUUUUUGUUCCAAGAGUGGUUCUGUUAACUUUUUACACAGAUUCGGUUCCAGAGGUAUCCCAAUGCCAGAGAUCUUGUAUCCGGUAUCUAGUCUACCUGUAGAUCCUCAAGAGAGACCAGACUUUCGAUCUUCUCGGCCCAUUGAUCGCUACGGAGAAAAGGACCCAUUUGGAUUUUUGUACGAAUCUGACACGGAUAAGGGUGUGGAGAAUUCGCCUUCGGUCAGGGUAAAAGCCGAACCGGGGUGUGAUGAUUCAUCAACUAGUCUUCUUGCACAAAAACAAGGCAAAGAAACGCAAUACCUUUCAAAUGUCAUAGGAAAUUCACUCCACGACACAACUACAAAUAAGCUAUGCGAUGAUUUUGUAAAUAUAGACGUCUUAGAUCACAGUUCGCAGCUUUCAGCCUACCCUGACACGACUGAGUCGGAUGUGUUUCAGUCGUUUGUACCCCGUUUCUCAACAGACAUUCCUAAUAUGCCUCCUAGUACGAGCGGUCAGUGUCAAAUGGUGACGUCGUCCACACCUCAGUAUGUCGAACUGAAACCAAUGAAACGCAACAACGACUCACGAAAUCGCCGACCUUCGGACGGUAUUCAGACACCUUUAAGUUAUAAUGCAAAACAAUCAGAACAUUCUAGUCAAAAACAGACAGACUCAAAUUACCAAUCUAGCGUGUUUAAUGAAUGCUUACCUUUUGGUGAUAUCUCUUCACAUUCUGCGGGUGCGGCCCAGAGACCUCUAUCAAACAGGUGUGACGUUCCCCCGGGGACUACCCGGCCCUACGGGACUGAUGGUCACUGCGGACAUUACCAUAGCGAUAUGUAUCAAUGUCCCUCGGCCAAUUGCUCCCAAAUGAAACAACAGUUAUGCAACCAUAGCAUCAACAUAACACUCACCUAUAAUUAAUUUGUUAUUGAAAGGAAAGCAUUGCAUCAAAAGCAUCAUUUCUCUCAAUGAAUAAUAUAUAUGAUGUGACCGAAAAAGGUAGAAAAUAGCCUGUAUAUGCAUGUGAUAGCAUUCUGUGGGAUCUUCUUCAAGGUUGAUAAUUAAAAAAAUACCAACCAUUAUGAUACAAAAGUGAUAAGGAGAUAUUGAUAAAUUAAUAAUAGUUUUGGUUGUAGAUGAAUAUAUUCAUAAACUAUUUUGAGGUCAGAAUGAUGUGGUUUUUAAACUGUGAAUUUCAAUGUGUUCGUGAACAAUGCUUGAUGAUGUUUCCUAUCAAUUCUCCUCGCCCUGUGUAUAAGUGCCAUGCCGGUGGUAGUACGAACAGUAAGAAUAUAGAGGCCGGUGACAUCCUAUCCCCCGAAACCCCACAUCCGUGGUAACUGUGUUUUAAUUUUUGUCAGUAUUAUAGAUUUGUAUUUCUAUGCAAGUGUAAAUUCUGGUCAGUCUACGUAAAUCUGAUAUUUUUCAGUGCCUUUUUGUAUUCUAUGUUGAAUUUUCUAUUCUUAA